UAUUGUUAUUUCCCAUCUGUUAAUUAGGGUUGAAACAGAAUCACUCUGUUCUCAGUCUCGACAAUAAAACCCUAAUCCUCGAGUCCGAAGACACACUCUCUCUCUCUCCCCGGUCUCCAAAUAAAACGUCUGAUUUCAAAGGCAACUAAAUAUUCUCUUAAGAGAAGCAAUGGCGGACACAGUGAUCUCUCUUGAUAAGCUGAAAGCCUUCUGGUACUCUCAAGUCCACAAUGAAGAAAAGUGGGCUCAAAACAUGAAACUACUGAGAGCUGUUGGGUUAUUUGCUGGAUCAAUUCUUCUAAUGCGCAAUUAUGGUGAUCUUAUGGCUAUAUAAGGAAUUAAGGAUGGAUUAAGAGCUUCUGAGUAAUCCCAUAUUCUGUUACUCUGAUAGCACGGUGUGGUUUUCUCCGUCCCGGCAGUUUGGAAAUGCAUGCAUUUGUUACUUUUGUGGUUGAAAUUUAGGAACUCGUUUGACAAUCUCCUCUCUGAUAAACUCAGUUAAUAAUGAUUACCAUAAAUGAAAUGUACUCAUUCCAAUGA